AUGGCAGGGGUUGCCAAGUAUCCAAAUUGUAAGAGAUUUGAGUGUGGGUUAAACAAGCUCCUAUCAGACCCAAAACUUAUUAACUAUACUUCUGGAGGUGGGGUGUUUAGAAAAAGGGCAAGGGCUUGCCAAAAGGUCGUCAGAGAAGGCAUUAAAAAUAAAAGUGAACACCCUAAGUGGGCAACACAACCACCCAUUGACUACAAGGACGAGUACAGACUUCUUGUAUACAAGGCCUUAGCGUCUCUCAAUUGGGUUAUGCUGCGCUGUAUGCAGGUGCCUUGGACUUUGCACGCUGAUGACGACAUUCUCAUCGAUGUGUUCGCCUUGGCCAAGGUGCUGCAGAGUGUAGAUGCCAACUCAACCGAAAAAUUCCUGUGUCACUCUGGGACUAGUCCGGUUUUAAGGAAAGGCAAGUGGAGCGUAGACGUGGCAGAAUACCCUGCAUUGGAAUACCCAUAUUAUUGCGCGGGAGGCAUGUGGAUUCUACAGACCAAGCAAAUUCCCCGUCUCCUGGAAGCGUCUAAGGUGGCCCCUUUCUUAUGGGUAGACGAUGUUUACAUAUGCGGCAUCUUGCGUGAACAUGCCGGCAUCAAACAGAUGCAUCUGAAUGAUAAAUACACAUUCGAGUUCAACAUAACUCACCUUGGUAAAAAAUUUGCUUGGUUAAAUGCAGGAGCUCAAAGACAAAUGGACUGGAUAGCAAUUCUUGAUUAUCACAGAAAUAUAUCCGACCAAUUUCUCCUGCUUUAGUAGGCUCUGCCUUGGUAAUAUAAUUCUAUAAGUGAUAUGGAAGAAGUGUGUUCUGUAAAAUUAGUCACUUAUUAUAAAAACAUUCCAUGCUUCACACUUCAAGGGUAUUCCUUAACCAUGGUGCUAUGAUGCCUAGAAACGUAACAUUGCAGUUAACUGUCAAACAGUUACGUAUGGCGUCCAACAGGUUGAGUGGAGGCCUCGCAAACAUCAAAAUCCAUGGAAUACAAGGUUUGACAGGCGUCGUGGAGCACACGCGAGAUUGAUAGCGUCACCUACAUCAUUCCUCCAGCUCCUGCUCACAUCUUGUCAUGUGAAAAUUUCAUUUUCACAAUAUCUGAAUAUGUACUUGUAUAUCAAAGCAGGACUAGUAAUUUUGAUACUUUUCAUUUGAUCACCAAUACUAAAAGCAGAAACAGGCAUGCUCCUUGAGUGUAGCACUUGAAUGACAUUUGGCCAGUGAGUAAUACAGGUGACAUUAUCAACCUCUUGCACAACCGUUUCCUUCCGUUUCGCGGCUGCCGGCGAUCAGCUCUGGUAUUAUGUAAUCUUGUACACAUUAAAAUACAAAGUUUUGCAAUUAUCUCUAAAUUUUAUUGCAGCUUUGCAGUAGCCAUAUGACAGUAGAAUAUGUCACGGAAGUCGCUAGACUGAUUUCAGUUGCAUCUUGCCCACCACCAACUGUAGAGUGCUCAUCAGUGCUUACAAGUGAUGGUAGUGUGGA